AUGCAUGUGAUGUGCUUGAGAGCCGGUAUUACUCUAUCUUCGUCAAGCUCGUUUUGCUUCUGUAUUCACUACAGUCCUGUAAAGCGAGUAAAGCGCGCUCCCUCUUCCGGCCUUAUUCUGGCUGCAUCGUUGCCGCCCACAGCCCUGUACGAGAACACUUACACGGCAAGACGGAACCCGCCAGACUGCCGUGGCAAUUGCCUUGGCGACAGUGGCACCAGGAGCAACCCACCGAAGCCGGCGAGAGGCAGCUGCGUGCUCGACCCGGCCGUCACGGCUUCAUUCGCUUUUCACGGUGCCUCUUGGGAGCCCACGUGGUUGCGCCGCGCCUGCGACACGAGUUUAUUUUCAAGCAUGGGUGUGCCAGCCAGCUCACAGGUGUCUCGCCAGGGCCUCUCGAUGUCGCUUGCCAAGCUGCUCGGCUCAAUUGCGACUCUCGAGAUGGCUGAUGCGGGCGUGCGUGAGCCAAUCCGCCUCUUCACGCCCAGAGCCCGUCAGCAGCCGCCUCCUCGGUGCCCUCACGAUCCUCGAGUCAGUGGGCUCGUUGGGGAUGUGCCACCAGGCCAUCGUGAGGCUAGCGCGCGCCACCGCAGGUCGGCCUGCCAUGAAUGGAUGUCGAUGGUUGGAGUCGUGAGCUUCAGGUUCGCCGCCGAACACGGAGACCCAAGCCUUGUUUCUCUCCGUCUCAUGAUCUGGAGGAGGCGCGGGGUUCAACUGAAUUUUGUCUUCAGACAUGUGCCGCAGCGUCGACGAUUGCUGACAUGGAUGCCCCCUGAGGACGGCGUGCCACAGUCAUUGUUGCUGCGACUCAAGCCUCGAACCCAUCGCAUCGCCGUCUGCCUCAUUGCCCUUUCGUCUCGGCAAAGCCUCCACAGACGGACGGUCUUUCAGGCCCCGAAGGCAGAAAUCCAAGAGCCACGGCUUCUGCCGACCUCCUGA